UGCGCCCGCCGCACCCCCAGAAGCCGCCGCCGUCUGGGCCCCGAGCCGCCGCGUCCUCGCCUGGCGGCCGCGGGCGGGGACGCCUCGGAUUAAUCUCCGGAAAUUUAACUUUCAAGAUGAAGUUUUUAUUGGCGAUUGCCUUUUUUAUUUUAAUUUCCUUGUGGGUUGAAGAAGCUUAUUCUAAAGAGAAGUCUUCAAAGAAAGGGAAGGGGAAAAAGAAGCAGUAUCUAUGCCCAUCCCAGCAGUCAGCAGAGGACCUUGCCCGAGUACCCGCCAACUCCACUAGCAAUAUCUUGAAUAGGCUAUUGGUCAGUUAUGAUCCCAGGAUAAGACCAAAUUUUAAAGGCAUUCCUGUUGAUGUAGUAGUCAACAUUUUUAUCAACAGUUUUGGAUCCAUUCAAGAGACAACAAUGGACUAUAGAGUUAACAUCUUCUUGAGACAAAAAUGGAACGAUCCCAGGUUGAAGCUCCCUAGUGAUUUUCGGGGCUCCGACGCACUGACAGUGGAUCCCACAAUGUACAAGUGUCUGUGGAAACCUGACUUAUUUUUUGCAAAUGAAAAAAGUGCCAAUUUUCAUGAUGUGACCCAGGAAAAUAUCCUUCUGUUUAUUUUUCGUGAUGGAGAUGUUCUUGUCAGCAUGAGGUUAUCUAUUACUCUCUCAUGCCCUUUGGACUUGACCUUGUUUCCCAUGGAUACACAACGUUGCAAGAUGCAACUGGAGAGCUUUGGCUACACAACUGAUGACUUACGAUUUAUCUGGCAGUCAGGGGAUCCUGUUCAGUUAGAAAAAAUUGCAUUGCCUCAGUUUGAUAUUAAAAAGGAAGAUAUCGAAUAUGGUAACUGUACAAAAUACUAUAAAGGCACUGGGUACUACACGUGCGUGGAGGUCAUCUUCACCCUGAGGAGACAGGUCGGGUUCUACAUGAUGGGUGUCUACGCCCCCACCCUGCUGAUAGUGGUUCUCUCCUGGCUUUCCUUCUGGAUCAACCCGGAUGCCAGCGCUGCCAGAGUGCCCCUGGGGAUCUUCUCUGUACUCAGCUUGGCCUCUGAGUGCACAACCCUGGCUGCUGAACUUCCCAAAGUAUCCUACGUGAAGGCCCUUGACGUGUGGCUCAUUGCAUGUCUUCUCUUCGGGUUUGCUUCUCUGGUGGAGUAUGCUGUCGUACAGGUGAUGUUGAAUAACCCCAAACGAGUCGAAGCAGAGAAAGCCAGAAUUGCUAAGGCUGAGCAAGCAGAUGGAAAAGGUGGAAAUACAAAUGCUGCUAAAAAGAAUACUGUGAAUGGUACAGGGACUCCUGUUCACAUUAGCACUUUGCAGGUUGGAGAGACGAGAUGCAAAAAGGUUUGCACGUCUAAGUCUGACCUGAGGUCUAAUGACUUCAGCAUUGUUGGAAGCUUACCCAGAGAUUUUGAAUUGUCCAAUUAUGACUGCUAUGGAAAACCUAUUGAAGUCAACAAUGGGCUCGGGAAAUCUCAGGCUAAGAACAACAAGAAGCCUCCUCCUGCCAAACCUGUAAUUCCAACAGCAGCAAAGCGAAUCGAUCUUUAUGCAAGAGCGUUGUUUCCUUUCUGCUUCUUGUUCUUCAAUGUUAUAUAUUGGUCUAUAUAUUUAUGAUAAAUCUUUUUCAUUUGUGUAAAAUAAAAUCCCAUUUCAUUGUGCCCAACCUCAUUCAGAAAUGCCAGUCUGAAAAAUUUUGUUUUCAUAGCAAUAUAUUGCAUUUUGGAUGCCAUUUGAUUGUAAUAAAAAUGUGGCACCUUACUUUUGAAUGGCAGCAUGAUCUUGUUACGUUUGUGCUCUACUGAUGAUGUAUAUAAUGUAUAGCAAACAUAUUGCUUUAGAAAUAAAUGAAGGAUACGCAUACUACAUAAAAUAAAAUCUAAACAGUUCUCCUCGGUUAGUGUAAAUUGCAAAUAUUUCACAUAAUUCUGAUAAGAAAAUGAUGUGCACGCCGGAUCCUGUUGUGAUGACCAUUCUAAUGUAUGUAAUGUUCCAAAUUUCAUUCCUUGUAACUUUCAGAGAAAGCCAUCUUAUUCUUGUAUAAUUUUAGAUGGUACUAGCACAGAUUAAGCAAAAUUAUAUUACAUACUGUUUAAACUUUGUAAGUAGAAAUAUAUUAAUUAUAAUUAUGUGGGCUCUGUGGAGAAAUAAAGUUCAAAAAAUUACUAAUUUGUAAAAUCAGCUCAUUUUAAAGUGUGCCUGUGUUGUGAAAAUGCCAGGUUAUGAAACAUAGUAAGCAUUUUUGAAACAAAGGGACAUCUGGAUUUACAUAAAUUCGUACUAAGUUCUGGCUUCGGAUAAAAAUAAAAAUAAAGGAUAGAUACAUUGAUCAAAUGUUUCUGACAAAAGAAAAUCUACUUAAUCCACCUUAAAGCCUAAAUAUAUUUUCAUGGAUUUCAUUUUGUUGAUACAAAGUAUACAAACUCAUUGUGCCUUAAAGAGUCAUGAAUAUUUUAAAUUGGAAUCUAAUCAUGGAUAUAUGAUUUCACAUAAUUUUUAAGAAACCAAGAAGAAAAUACCCUGUUAUCAGAAGUAAUGAGUUUGGGAAAAAAUAUUGAAGGAUUUUAACUUCUUUAUUUUAUUAAAAUGCUUACAUAUUUUAAAGUAAAACUAAUUUUUUUAAAUUCAUUUCUUUUUUAUUUGAAUAUUUUUGGGGCUUGUUAUAAAACAUUUAAAGAUUAAGUAUAUAAUGUCUUUGUCUAUGUUAGGCCAUACUUCUGGUUGUAUUUUUGUUCUUGCUUAAGGUCUAGAUUACUUAGAUUUAUUUAUUUCGAUCUUAUUUCAAUUUAAAAUAGGCACUUUCGGGUCUAGAAGUCUCCCUUUUUCUAGUGACAUCAACCCAAUGUACCUUUUUAUUUCUCCAUAGUUGAAAUUGGAAUUAUCAGUAAUUCAUAUAACACAAACAUGAGACCAAAUGAGUACAUUUACAUUAUUUGGAGAGUUCUGUUGCAGAUGAGAGUUUAUAUGGUUAAUUCAAUAAUAAAAUGUGUUUAAAUAUUGUUUAUGCAAAUUGCUAUAUGUACUUCAAUGCUAUUUUAUUAAAGACUUUAACUUUUAAAAGAU